UAAAAUUUCAUCUUUCUAACUCAUUGCUUCAUAACACUUUUGUAAAAAUGGCUACUAAAAGGUUUUUUGAUGAUUCUGAUGAUCAAGAUCAAGAUCAAGAUCAAGAUAAUUCAAACGGCAAACGAAUGAAACCUACUACACCUUCUUUAGCUUCUGUAAUAGUUAAAACAAUUAAAAUGCAAAACAUGGAGAACCUUUUAGCUGCAGCCUUGGAACCCUUGCUUAAAAGAGUGGUGAGUGAAGAAGUGGAUAAAGCAUUGGGAAGGUGUUUUCCAUGUUCCAUCAAUAGGUCACCUUCAUUAAGAAUCCAAGCCCCAAGUGAUCAACCACCAACCUUACAACUCUCAUUCAACAAAAGACUUUCCCUCCCAAUUUUCACAGGUAGUAGAAUACUUGACAAUGAAGGUAACCCCAUCAACAUAACUCUUGUUGAAAAAACCAACAAUAACCAAAUUGUCCCAACAAGUCUUCCUUACCCUAUAAAGCUAGAGAUUGUUGUUCUUGAUGGAGAUUUUCCACAUGAUGAAAAUGAAAAUGAAAAUUGGACUAAUGAGGAAUUCAAUAAAUACAUAGUAAAGGAAAGAGCUGGGAAAAGACCAUUGCUUGGUGGAGAAAUGAACAUUACUAUGAGAGAUGGAAUUGCACCAAUUGGGGACAUAGAAUUCACUGAUAAUUCUAGUUGGAUAAGGAGUAGAAAAUUUAGAGUUGCAGUGAAAGUGAGUCAUCAUGGGAGUAAUCAAAGUGUUAGGAUUCAAGAAGGAAUGACUGAGGCAUUUAAAGUUAAGGAUCAUCGUGGAGAAUUGUACAAAAAGCACCACCCACCAAAGCUUGAGGAUGAUGUAUGGCGCCUAGAGAAAAUUGGGAAAGAUGGAGCUUUUCAUAAGAAAAUGACUGAUAAAGGGAUCAAAACAGUGCAAGAUUUCCUCAAAUUAGCAGUUAUGGAUACUCAUAAGCUAAGAGAGAUUUUGGGCAUGGGGAUGUCAGAUAAAAUGUGGGAUGUAACAAUAAAGCAUGCAAUGACCUGUGAAAUGGGGAGCAAGAUCUAUAUAUACCGUGGACCUCAAUUUGUUAUUGUUUUGAAUCCAAUUUGCAAAUUAAUUAAAGCUAAUAUCAAUGGACAAGAAUUUUCCAAUAGAGAGAUGAGACAAAUCAAUAAGAGCUAUAUAGACAUGUUGGUGAGAGAAGCAUACACAAAAUGGCAUGAGUUGGAGGAAAUUGAUAGAGUUUUAAAUGAUAACAUUGCUUUGUUAACCCAAGGUGAUCAAACUGGGGAACAUUAUCCAAUCAAUCAUCCAGCAACAUUGGUAACACCAUAUCAUCAAAAUGGUUACUAUGGUGACAAAUCUACUGAGAAUAUUGGUAGCUAUGUACCAAUCAAUAAUGCACAAAUGGGAGGCUCUUCUGAGUGGUCAAUAUUGAAUCAAGGCUAUAAUACCACAACAACAUUUCUAAAUGGAUAUCCUUUUGGCUUCUCAGGUUCACAAUCAGAUGGAGACAUAACACCUUCAAGUUCAGGCUCUAGGGACAUCAAUGGUGCCACAAGGCAACUUUAGAAGUAUUAAAUUUCUUCAAAUUAUAUAGUAAAUUAAUAUAAUAUAGGCAAGCUACUUAGAAAUAUAUAGGUACAAGUCCUUUUUAUAAUUUUUGUAACUUACACUUGUGUAAGUUAUAUAGUACUUACUGAUACUUUACAUCAAAGACAUGUCUAAUACGUGUCAUGUUCAACGUGGCACCAAUACAUAUAGCUAGGAACAUUUACAUAUUUCCACUUUCUUAAAUUAUUACCUAGUCGAUGUUUCAAUCGUAUCCAAUGUUUAUGUCAUUGCUUCAUAGCUUG